AGCCAAAAAUAAUAUUAUUGAAGUGUCUAUUCGAUUUUCGUCUUGUGACUCUAAACUUUCUCUACUAAGACCAACGGUGUCCUUCGAGGACAGUCGGAUAUUUGUUCGCUUUCUCUUCCUUCCUUUCUUUCGUUCUUCUCUAUUCUAUAUUUCUCUUUUUUCUCUUCGCUUGACUGUAAUCUAUAAAAAGAAAUGUUUUUUUUCGGAGAAAAAAUAAUAUAUUGAUGCAGAACAAAUCAAUUGAUGAGAACUUGUUAGUUGACCAUAUCCUAAUGAAUAACUAUUGAUGAUGAUGAUGAUACACGAAGGACCGUGCAGGUGACAUAUGAUGAUAGACGAAAUGUUGAACGAUGAAGAGAAAAAAUUGCGUUUGCGUGAGACAAUGAUUGUUUGAGCGGCGCGCUAUUUUCUAUGCAUCUCUCGUUCUCUCUCUCUCUCUCUUUUUCUCUCUUUCGUUCUGUCUCAUAGGAAAGAGAACGGCAGACAUCUGAACAUAUAUAUAUACCCGUGUUGCUUGCAGAUCGAGAAUAAAUCGUCGUCAGAACGCGCGCCCUCUUCUUCAUCUACUCUUCCUACUCCAAUAAACAGGCACUCACAGACACAAGAUCUGUAACGUCAAUUUCUUUUCUCUAUUGUCCGCCGACAGAAGAUCCGAAAGAUACCUCUUCAACCAAUAGAUCGACACUUGGCCGAGAUCGGUGACCUAGAUGGGUCGACUUA